UCUCUAUAUACAAUUGGGUUACAAUAAUCUCUACAUCUUAAUCUAAACUAAUAUUCCCCCAACCAAUGACUCCCUGAAAACUUUCGUUCCCUCUCCCCAUUGCCCCCUCCAUGCCAUUCCCCACCUCUCUCACUGCACCUGGUCACAUUUUGGAAUUAAGAAAAAAAGCCCCCCUCUAAUUAUCCUGUGCCCCUCCUCUCUCUUUCCCUCUUCUCCUCCCCCUACUUUCUCUCCCAUCCCUUGGCUGCUGGAUGAAGCAGAUUUGGAGAAGAGGGGCUGUGGACAGGUAAGGAGAUCCCUGUCUCCAGAAGCCCUGUGCUGUGUCCCUGCACAUCUGUAGCUGGUGGAUGAAAUAAUUAGGAGAAUGACUGCCCUAUUUGACUGCCUUCCUUCCGUCUGCCUGGUAUUAGUGAUUAUUACUAAUCAUCUGAUCUGCCCGAGCUCCCUGGAGCCAAAAGUCAAACCUAAAAGAAUGUCAGAAACCAGCAGGUAUGAGCAGGACAUGUGGGGUCACCAGCCUCAAGAGAGGACAAACAGGAGGUCAGGAAUGUCUAAGAGAGAUCGAACUCGAGGUGGAAUGUCACCCACAGCCUUCGUACCAGUGGAUGGUGUUAUUGGGCUACCACCCCAGAGCGAAGUAGCAGAUGUAAUACAGCCAAGCGCACUGAAACAGGACAGGGAACAAUUUCAGGCUUUCGAUUUUCCCUAUAAUCAAAGGGACAACCAGUCACCAGGAGUCCAUUCAAAGGGGAAGAAACAUAACCGAGAACACAGAAGGUCCAACAACAAGGAUCGGGUUAAGCACCAUCGAGGCAGAGGCUUUGAAGCUGAACCCAGCAGUCUCAUGAAAGAGGAUUUAAGCUUUAAAGUGACCCCCCACCUGACUCGUCUGGAUAUCUCUCCGAGUGCCCCUGGCCCUGCAUAUCCUCUCAGCACAGGCAGCCAAUCGCCAGUUGCCGAGCAUCCCACAGCGGCGUUGGAUACCUCACAUCGCGUCCGGUCUCAUUCAAAGAAAGGCGGUGAUGUCGCGCCAACACUGGAUAUGGGGCUUUUUGAUUGGACGGAUUAUGAAGACUUGAAGCCGGAUACCUGGCCAUCCCCAAAAAAGAAAGGGAAGCAGAAAGAUAAAUUUAAUACAACCUCGAUGGCUGAAGUAGAGCCAUGUGAUCACCAUCUCGAUUGCCUCCCAGGUUCCUGCUGUGAUCUGCGCGAACAUCUCUGCAAAGCGCAUAAUCGAGGGUUGAACAAUAAGUGCUACGAUGACUGCAUGUGCACAGAAGGUCUGCGCUGCUAUGCCAAAUUUCACCGUAAUCAGAGAGUCACCAGGAAGAAAGGGCGCUGCGUGGACCCAGAAUCAAUCAACAAAGACCAAGGAUCGUUCAUAUCCGUUUAAAUUAUUUCUGGAGUUUCAACCACGCUGCAGCAUUUGCCAAACAGAUUUGAAAUCUGACUAUUUUGUAUGGGGGGGGGGGGGGGGGCGUCAGUGGUAUCACUGGUAAUAGUCGCCCCAGGGAUUUGGUGUGA